AUGUCUCAUUCGCUCACCCUCGUCUCCAGGCCCAUCGGUCCCAUCGGCUACGGCCUCAUGGGCCUAACCUGGCGCCGCAACCCGCAGCCGGCAACCGACAGCUACGCCGCCAUGUCCACCGCCCUCGCACAAGGCGCCAACUUCUGGAACGGCGGCGAGCUCUAUGGCACCCCCACCCGCCACUCCUGCCACUUGCUGAACGAAUAUUUCACGCUCUAUCCCGAUGACGCCAACAAAGUGGUCCUGAGCAUCAAGGGUGGUCUAGCCCCCGGCGAGUUGCGCCCGGACGGAUCCGCCAAAAACGUCCGCCGCAGCGUCGAAGACUGCCUCGCAGUCCUCGAUGGGAAGAAAAGCAUCGACAUCUUCGAAUGCGCGCGUGUCGACCCGAAAGUGCCUCUCGAAGAAACAAUCACCACCCUCGCCCAGCUCGUCAAGGAAGGCAAAAUCGGCGGCAUCGGCCUGUCCGAAGUGAAAGCCAGCACGAUCGAGAAGGCGCACGCGAUCCAUCCGAUCGCUGCCGUCGAGGUCGAACUCUCGCUCUGGACCACGGACAUCCUGCGCAAUGGCGUGGCGGCGACGUGCGCGAAAUUGGGCAUUCCGAUCGUCGCGUACAGUCCGCUAUCACGCGGCGCGUUGACCGGUGAACGCAUCCAGAGUAAUAGCGACAUUCCCCACGGGGACUUCCGCAAAACUCUACCCCGGUUCCAGGAUGAUGCGCUGGAGUUCAAUAAUCAGAUUGUCGACGAGGUCGAGAAGCUUGCGGCCCGCAAGGGCGUGACAAAGGGGCAAGUUGCGAUCGCGUGGGUGCGUGGGCUCAGUGGACGGACUAUCACGACCGAGGACGGACAGCAGGUCACGUUGGGUACUAUUAUACCGAUCCCCGGCGCGACGAAGCCGGAAAGAGUGAUUGAGAACUCCACACGGGUUGAGCUGUCGGAUGUCGAAAUGGCGGAGAUCGCGGAUAUCUUGAAGAGGAAUCCUGUUCAAGGCAGUCGGUAUGAUAAGCAUGGGAUGGCCUCUAUCGAGGGUUGA